ACCAGUUUGUGCUCGAAUCCUCUGGCGUGGACGCAGCCAGAUUGUCCUCGAUGGUUGGACCCUAUGAAUUUGAUUUCCUAUUCCAGUCCAGCUCCUUACUGGUACUGUCUGCAUUCCUUAGAUUCUUUUCAGCCGUAAUUUCGUAAAGUAUAUAUUGUGGCACCAAUCAAAUUCAUCAUCAUCACUUCCAUUUCCUCGUAUAUCUGGGGUUACGCAAGAAUCAAGCAGAAUUUACAAAGGACAGGAUCUUCCUUAUCUUAACUGUGAAGGCUGGAACAACCAGGUGGUGUGGUGGUAUUCGCCAUUCGGUAUAGCCUUGUCAAAACCAUCUCCCCCAAAGAAAGCACAUCUAAAGUUUCGGAUUGCAUCGAUGUAUCAUCAAGAUUUGCAACGUUUGGUGUACAUAUGCUACUCAUGGUAUCACAGGCUAUUCUGUGUAGCUGAGGACUCAUGUUCAAGGCACCCAUGUGAUGGCAAGACGUCAACGAUGCAACAAGUGUGUAAGUACCGAAGACACCAACUCUCUUUAUGCGUCCAUAGGCCACUUAAGAUCGGUUUGGGUAGGUCAUUGGUGCAAGCAACAUAAUAUAGUUUUUGAGGUGAAAGAGUGAAGGUGAAGAUGUAAAGAAAUAAAGCAAGAAGAGAAUAGAGAUCAAGUUCCAUUACCGGCUUUGAUAGGUUUAGGUGCGAUUGAGACCAUUGAAGAAACCCAUCAAUGUCACAAAUUUGUCCCUUCCCAACCCAACAAAAACAGGUUGAGACAAGACACUGGAGGAUUAAGACACACCUCUACUUUUUAAUCAUGUGGCUCUGAAUAGAAAUUCUAGGUCUCUUAGACGUAAGGGAAUUGUAUAAAGUGAUGCUAGUGACGAUGUUAACACCUAGAAAAUGAUUGUCAUAGGAAGAUACACGAAAUAAGUAACAAGUGUCCGUCCAAACAAUAUAAUCACCAGUAAGGACAAAAAUGUGGCAGCUCCAUAAGAAUCUAAACUUCAUUUUUCUUAUCUUAACGAUUGGUUUUAGUUUAAAGGCUACAAAAUAGAAUUUGUAUGUGUGUGAAAGGAAUAGACUUUUGGUCAGCUCUAAAAUAAUUGCAAUCUGUCUGCAACAUUCUGCGAUCUGAUCUAAGUUAAACCAAAAUUAUAUUUUACUUUGGCUAAGAUCUUGAUCUGGAAUCUUUUUGUCAAAGGCUACUUAACUAUCUCAGUUAAAUCUCCUUAGUCUUGUAAUAAAUAUUAAAUAUAACGUCUUAGUAAUUAAUGCUCUCUCUCUAUCUCCAUAUAAACCAAGUUUUAUGAUCAAGUCUAAACACAUCCAUGAUCAAGAAGUGACAAAUGAAGAAGCUUCUAUGGAUUGGGCUCAUUCUCUUAAACAUCCAUGUAAAUGGGAUGAUGAUGGAGUUUGAUGAUAUGGAGUGGUACACAGAUUUCAAUGGAACAAAGAUGUUUGAUACAGAAAAUGAUGUUUUUUCUGAAGCUAAGUUUCCUAUGGUUGGACUCACUCUGAUUCAAUCUGCUGCUGCUAAAGGAGCUGUUUGUUUAGAUGGAAGUCUUCCCGGAUAUCACUUGCAUCGCGGGUUUGGUUCAGGAGCAAGCAAUUGGCUUGUUCAAUUGGAGGGAGGUGGAUGGUGUGAUACCGUUAGAAAUUGUGUAUACCGUAAAACCAGUCGUCGUGGAUCUUCUUCAUAUAUGGAGAAAGAGAUACCAUUUACCGGCAUUCUAAGUAAUCAAGCCGCGGAAAAUCCAGACUUUUAUAACUGGAAUAGAGUAAAAGUUCGGUAUUGUGACGGUGGAUCGUUUAGCGGGGACAGCGAAAAUAAGGCAGCACAACUUCAGUUUAGAGGAAUGAGAAUAUGGUUAGCUGCUAUGGAAGAUUUGAUGGCAAAAGGAAUGCGUCAAGCUAAGCAGGCUCUACUCUCUGGAUGUUCUGCUGGAGGUCUUGCGGUGAUUUUACGAUGUGAUGAUUUCGGGAAAUUGUUUCCUCCUUCCACCAGAGUGAAAUGUCUGAGUGACGCUGGUUUCUUCCUCGAUGCCAUCGAUGUGUCUGGAGGUCGAUCUCUUAGGCGGUUAUACGCCGGUGUGGUCAAAUUACAGAAUCUGCAAACCAAGCUUCCUCAGGAUUGUGUGAACCGUCUUAAUCCAACUUCGUGUUUUUUCCCACAAAACUUAAUCAACCAAGUCAAGACUCCACUUUUUAUUCUAAAUGCUGCAUAUGAUUCAUGGCAGAUCCAAGAGAGUUUAGCUCCAAAAUCCGCAGAUCCAAGUGGAAGUUGGAAUGAUUGUAGACUUAACUACGCCAAGUGCACUGCAUCUCAGAUCCAAUUCUUGCAAGGUUUUAGGACGCAUAUGGUGAAUUUGGUAAAGGGUUUUGCGAUGCCAAGUAAGAACGGUGUGUUCCUCAAUUCGUGCUUUGCUCAUUGCCAAACAGAGAGGCAUGACACAUGGUUCGCCAAAAACUCUCCUGCGGUUAAGAACAAGGGUAUAGCAGUAGCUGUGGGAGAUUGGUAUUUCGAAAGAGGAGGAGCAAAGCUCAUAGACUGUGCUUAUCCUUGUGACAAGACUUGUCACAAUUUGGUCUUUAGAUGAUAAACUUAGUUUUUCUUUGGUAUCAAAAUUUUUAUUUUUUUAAAGAAGCAUCCAUUUAUUCAGGCAACACAAUGAAAUAAAAUAAAACCCAUUUGAUAACUAUACCUACAUUUCUCUGUUUUGUAAAUUGGAUGUCACAUUCUGUUUUGAAUCAAACUGUGAAAUCAUAUUGUAAAUUAGUGGUAAAAUUAUGAAGAAUGAGCUUCUUUCGCCUUA